CAUAUAGCGAGAAGGUAGGGGUAGCUUUGAAAUCUGCAAUUUUUCUAGAAUGGUGGGAUUUCUGAAGUGCGGAAUAUUUUCAUUUCUCUUCUGUGAACUUUAGGGACUGUAACUAAGGUUGAAGAGUCGCAAAGCUCUACUUGUAGCUGCCAUGCCUUCAGUCCCCGGAGCCGAGAAAUCUCACCUAGGAUCCCCUCAACUCCCUCAUUCAGACGAUGAUCAUGAAAUUUCAGCCUCUCCAGCGAGCUCUACGCAUCUCGAUGAUAAUUACGCAAUAUACAAAAGUGGGAAGGGAAUUGAAAUUGAUGAAGCGGAAUACAAGAGAGUUUUGAGGAAGAUUGACUUUCGAAUCAUCCCAAUUUUAUUUGUUACUUAUAUGCUGCAAUAUCUGGACAAGAACUCAAUCAAUUUUGCUAGUGUAUAUGGUCUGAGACAAGGGACGCAUCUGAAAGGACAUGAUUAUUCGUGGUUAGGUAAAUCAUUCCUCGGACAUCUUCGUUCUCCAAUAGAAUAUUGGAUAUAGUAGACGCUAACACGCUGAAACCAGGCUCGAUAUUCUACUUUGGCUAUCUUUUGGCACAAUUCCCUUCUGGAUAUCUUCUCCAACGCCUCCCCAUCGGCAAAUUCCUCUCUCUGGCUACAAUUGGAUGGGGAAUUGCCUUGAUAACCACACCAGCAUGCACGAGUUUUGCAGGAAUUGCUACGAACCGAUUUCUGCUCGGGGCGAUUGAAGCUACGGUCAACCCAGGGUUCGUUCUCAUAAUGAGCAUGUGGUUUACCUCAGCAGAACAACCGUUGCGCUUGGAAAUCUAUUACUGCACAAACGGGAUUGCAACAAGCAUGUCUUUUCCUUCCGAUUGUAAUUCUCUCCGCUGCAAAAGGCUAAUCUUGAGCAGUGUUUGGUGGCUUGAUCGGUUAUGCUGUAGGCCAUAUUACCACAGGUUUGGCGCGUUGGAUGUAUGUAUUCUUGAUUUUCGGAUCCAUCUCUAUCGCUUGGGGAAUUGUAUCACUGCUCCUCCUCCCAGAUCGUAAGUACUUCAACUCUAAGCCUCCACAUGUGAAAACGAUUUGACUUCAUCAAGUUCCGUCAACAACCAAGUUUCUCACCCCUCACGAACGGACCAUCGCAGUCGCCCGCGUAGCAGCCAACCGUCAAGGAGUAAAAAACCAUCACUUUUCCACGUACCAAGCCUGGAAAACUUUCAAAGACCCCAAAACAUGGAUCCUGUUCAUCAUGGCAACAGGUGCCCAAGUUCCCAACUCAGCUCUCACGUCAUGGACUUCCAUCAUCGUUGGGUCCUUUGGGUUUGACACCCUAGGAACGCAAUACCUGCAAAUCCCAGGUGGAGCGGUACAAUUCCUGGCUCUUAUUGCUGGGGGUUGGGUAUGUACUAAAUGGCCGAAUAAUACGAGGUGUUUGACUAUGAUAUUUGCAAACUCAGUCUGCAUUUUGGGCGCGGGAUUGUUAGUUGGAUUGCCGUUGGACAACAAGUGGGGACGGCUUGUGGCGCUUUGGUUGUGUUAUUUCCAGGGAUUGGGAUUCAGUAUGAGUUUGACGAUGGUCAGCAGUAAUGUUGCGGGAUAUACCAAGAAGCAACUCACUGGGGCGGUUUUGUUUACAGGGUAUUGCGUUGGCAACAUUAUGUUUGUCCUCCCAGUCUCCUAAUGACCUUAGGUAGAUCAAAUUACUGACUGGAUUCUGAAUAGUGGACCACAGACAUUUCUUGAAAGGGAAGCUCGUAAGUCUUGUCAGAUCACCACUCGGAGUCUCCUUCGCUAACAGAAUCCUAGCAAAUUACCCUUCUGCAUACAUCGCUAUGUUGGUGGGUUAUUCGGUGAAGCUAGUCGCUGUAAUUGUUCUCUAUGUUUAUAUGUGGAGUGUUAAUAAGGCAAGAGACAAGGCACAAGCGACCGGCAUUGCUUCAAAUGAGGCCCUUGAGAAAGAGGCUAUUGAAAAGGGGAUGAUGGAUGUUACGGAGAUCGACAAUCUGGGAUUCAGAUACAUAUUAUAGAUCUACGAAUUACGACUUGAUGUAAGUAUAAUGACAACUUCGUGUGGAUAUUGUGUGUACCUUAAUUUUAGGCAG